AUGCCAAAACGCAAACACUCCGAACUCUCUGGCGAAGACGCCUCCGACAACUUUAACCGCGUCAAAGCAACCCGUCUCGGCCACAAAUUCGAACGAGGCACCCAGCUCCUCUUCCGCGCAUUAAAGACAUCUCGCGGUUUUGAAAGACAGAAACUGGGUAGACGGCAAAAGACAGCCAAAAGUGAGAAGGAUGCCAAGACCUUGGAGCGAUUGGAGAAGGAGGUGCAUGUUUUGAAGGCUCUUGAUCUUGAGGAAACAGCGCAACGAUACCUGCUCAAACAAUUGAAUAAGACGAAGCGGAUCGCGGAGGCUCCUGAAUUCGUGCGAUUAGAGAAAAGCAUCAAUGCUUCAAUCAACGCUGGCCCACGCGACCCCGCCGAGGCCAAUGUCACGGCGCGAUUAUUCAAAUCGAACCCUGUCCAGAAUGCGCUGCCUGAGAUUUUAAACGAUAUUCGAACUUUAUUGGGUGUCGACGAGACGAGUACGAAAAAGCAGCCGCAGAAAAAGGCGGACCAAAAAGCAACUCAAAAAGACGAGAGCAUGGAAGAAUCGGCAAAUGAGCCAGAAAGCACACCAGAUGAGGUAUCUUCGAAGAGUGCAAAAGAUGAAAAAUCAAAAGCAGAGUACUUGAAUGAUAUCAACGUGGACGACGUAUCCGACGGCGAGAGCAUGGAUCUUUCUUACUUCGAUGCCCGUCUUGCAUCUGCAUCCGACGGCUCAGAUUCCGACGACGACGACAUUUCUCCCAUUAAACCCGCCUUAAAUUCAAACAAAAUCACCCCCAAAUUCCCAGACAACAUAUCGAUCUCAUCCGCAGAAGAAGCAUCCUCUAUAUCCGAAUACUCCGAACCUGAACCUGAAUCCGAAUCUGACUCUCCACCACCUCUCACAAAAUCCAAACCCUCCAAACAAGAUACAAAUGUCGCCGACAAACCAAAAGAUACAACGUUUCUUCCCUCCCUAAUGAUGGGCGGCUACUGGUCCGGCUCCGACUCUGAGCCCGAGGAAGACGACGAAGUCGCCGCCGCGGCUACCGGUAGCGGUAAACCCGCACGCAAAAACAGAAUGGGCCAACAAGCGCGCCGAGCGCUGUGGGAAAAGAAAUUCGGCGCCAGAGCGAAACACAUUCAGGAAGAGCAGCAAAAGAAAGGUAGCAGAAACAAUAGUAAGAAUAGUGGCUGGGAUGCGAGACGGGGKGCUACGGAUGAUAACGACAAUGGACCGAGAUGGGGUGGUGCUGCUGGCAGGCGUCAAUAUACUGGUUCAUCGUCGCGAAAUGGUGAUGGGGGUGAGAAAGAUGUCAGGAAGGAGAAUGCGAUAGCCGCGAAUAAGAAAAAGGCGUAUGAUGGGUUGCAUCCGUCGUGGGAAGCAGCCAGGAAAGCCAAGCAGGAGAAGGCGCAGGCUUCGUUUCAGGGGAAAAAGAUUACUUUUGAUUAG